UGAAGUGGGGGGGGCGCAGAAGGCGAGAUCUGAGAGAGUAAUCCAACGUACUAAGUUACUAACAUAGUUGAGCGGUAGUCGAAGAGACCAAAAACGAACGCAUAGACGAAACAUGGGCUACAAAUAUUAUGAUUCCCCAGAGGGGCAAGACUGUUUGAAAAAAAUGUGGUAUACCACAAAAACUGGAGCACUUAUCGGCCUUGGACUGUCGUCAUUUGACGUUAUUAUGUAUUCUCGGCCAAAAGGUUAUUUUCCUACAUUAAUGAGAUAUGGAUAUAUUACCCUUCCCAUUAUGGGAAUGGCAGCCUCAUUUUCUGCCACAACAUGUAUCGCUACGAAUGCUCGCGGGAAGGACGGAAAACUUAACUAUUUCCUGGGUGGCUGUGCUGCUGGUGGAGUGUUCGGGGCGUGGAGGAGGAGUAUUUUUGCUGGAUUUCUUGGUUGUGUGGCGCUGGGUGGCUUCGCUGUCGCCAAGAAGCUGUCAAUUGAAGAAGGUUGGGAGUUCAUCGGUAAACCUCCAGGACAUAUCCAUGGAUCUCUUCGAGGGGUACGACAGGACUGGACUAUAACUGAUCACCGUCCAGGAAACUGGAAGGUUUCAGAGUAACUGUAUACAACUGAUUAAUGUGUAUAUUAGCAGCUUUAGAUGAAUGUGAUCAGUGACAUUACCUGUCAAGAGUCUGUGUAGCUUAUUUAAUGUGAAUAAAGCAAAAUUGUUAUAUAA